AUGUUGCUUCGCGCUUUCAGAGCUCAACCCCUCUCGCAUAAACCCCAUUUCCGCGCCCUUCAGUCGCUCGCGCCGCUUUGCGCAGCUGCAGCGGCUCGCCCAUUUUCAUCUAACGACGCCGUUUCCGACGUCUCAGCCCUGAUCAAGAAGCCCAAUUGGGAGAAGAGCGCUCGCUUAGAAACCCUAGCUUCUCACUUGAGCCCGCACUCGGUUUCCAGAGUCAUAGCCGCCCACAGCGGAGAUAUCCCACUCUGCCUCACUUUCCUCAAAUGGGUAUGCCAAAAAUCGACGUAUUGCUACGAUUUAGACAGCAGAAUUCAACUUCUGAAAACGAUGGCGUCGGAUAAUUUGUGGGGGGUUUCGCAUAAGGUGCUGAUUUUUUUGAUUAAAGAGUGCUGCACUUCUCAAGAUGAUCUGUUAAAGCUAAUUCACGCUAUUGAGGAAAUGCGGGAAAAUCUAGGGUUUCGGAUUAAUUAUCCUUGUUAUAGUGUGCUCUUGAUGCGUUUGGCUAAAUUAGACUUAGGUUUGAUCGCGUUUUCGGUGUUCAAUAGAAUGUUGGAAGAUGGUUUUGUUGCGGGCGAAAUUGAUUAUAUGGCGCUUGUGAAUGCUCUGUGUAAGAAUGGGUUUGUGCUUGCUGCUGAAAUGUUUGUUUCCACGGUUGUGAAGCUCGGAUUCGCGUUGGAUGUUCGCCUCUGCACGUCUCUAGUCUUGGGCAAUUGCAGAGCUCGUGAAGUUGAUGAAGCCUUCAAGGUGUUUGCUGUAAUGUCGGGAGAGGGGGGUUGUGGCGUUAACAGUGUGACGUAUACGAUCCUUGUCCACGGUCUGUGUGAAGAGGGGAGGUUAGACGAGCUAACGUGUGAUAGAGGGUUGAUGGAUCGAGCAUUUGGUUUGCUCGAUGAGAUGAUGAGGGAAGGGUGCAAGCCUAAUGUUUACACGUAUACUGUGCUCGUUGAUACGUUGUGUAGAGAGGGGAGGGUUCAGGAGGCGAAUGGGAUGUUUAGGAAGAUGCUGGGAGAUGGAUUGAGCCCUAGCGUUGUGACUUACAAUGCACUGAUAAAUUCCUAUUGUAAAGAAGGGCGCGUGGUUCUUGCUUUCGAGUUGCUCGGGCUCAUGGAGAGGAGGCGGUGCAAGCCUAAUAUACGGACGUAUAACGAGCUGAUGGAAGGGUUGUGCAACAUUGGUAGGUCUCACAAAGCAGUGGAGCUGUUGAGAAAGGCUAUAAACAAUGGCCUCUUUCCAUCUAAAGUAACCUUCAAUAUUCUGAUUUCCGGGUUCUGUAGGUUAGGUCAGCUAGGUAUGGCUCUCGAGAUUCUGCAUUCUAUGAGCUCGAUUGGGGUUGAACCUGAUCAGUUCUCUUACACUGCAUUCAUCGACAGCCUCUGCAAGAUGGGGAGACCCGAGCAAGCGUGUGUUUUCUUGGGGCUCAUUGUAAAGAAAGACGUUCCUGUUGAUGAAGUGACCUUAACUGCUCUUAUCCACGGCUACUGCAAGACGGGGAGCAGUAGAUACGCGAUCAUGCUCUUGGAACGAAUGGUUGGGGAUCGGUGUUUAGCUAGCCCACAUGCUUUCAAUGUAUUUCUUGAUGUUCUUGACAGAGAAGGUAAGCUAGUUGAAGGAGAUGCUAUGUUGGGGAAGAUGUUGAAGCACGGUUCAGUUCCAUCCGUCGUCACUUACACAUUGUUGGUUGAUGGGCUCUGUCGAGCAGGUGACACGGCCGCUUGCUUGGUGAUGUUGGAACGUAUGAAGGAGGCCGGCUGCCCCCCAAACGUCUACACGUACACGACAGCCAUCAACGGCCUUUGCCAGCGUGGGGAGUUUGAGGGCGCGGAGAAUCUUGUGGUUGAAAUGUCUAGGGCUGGAGUAUCGCCAAAUGCAGUUACAUAUGGUUUGCUUGUCAAGUCAUACGUUGCAGCUAGGCGUUUGGACCGUGCUUUUGAGCUCGUUCGGACAAUGUUCGAGGAGGGCUGUCGACCAAGCAACCAGACCUACACCGCGUUGCUUGCUGGGAUUCUCGCGCUUGAAGCUGCAGAUUGUGAUGGAGCAGGGGAGUUUGGUGGUGAUGAACAUAAACCCUCUCACUUGCUGUUUAUGGAAAUCGGGAUCAGCCACGCGUGGCUGCUUCUACGCAGAAUCACAGACUGCGGUGGCGACCCUUCUGAUGCAUCCGGCUUUCUGAUCACGGGCCUGACCGGAGCCGGGAGGAUAUCAGAAGCCGGUGUGCUUAUACAGCAAAUGGUGAGCUCGGGCCUCGCUCUCGACAGCGAUGCCUGUGCUAGCAUGAUCACGCAGUUGUGCAGGCGCGAUGAGCACGUCCGUGCUCUUGCGUGGAUCAGGAGGCUCGUUGCCUACGGUCACGACCCGUCUCUCGGAGCAGUAAGCUCCGUGAUCGUCGGGCUUCGGAAGGAGGGGAGGAUUCAAGAAGCUGAAUCUCUGAUAUCUGAGGUUGUGAGGAAUGCUGGUGUUGAGGAUCAAGCAGUGAUCUUACCAUAUAUUGGUUUUUUGGUGAAGGGAGAGGAAGAGUCUUGUCAUUUUCAUGAGAUUUUGGACUUGAUUGAACAAAUGGGGUCCAAGGAGAGACCAAUUCUUUAGUAGUUUGAUUUCAACUAAUGCAGAGUAGGAAAUGGUUCAAGAUUAGUUAAUAUUGAAGCUAUAUUUUAGUCAUUUGACUUAUAAAAAUAUGAUUUUUUUUUUUUUU